AAUCAAAAUCGUUAUCUAAUUGUUUAACAACAUUCGUUAGAUUUCAACUCAAUUGAUGUGCAUGUUAGCUUUUUGAAGUCAGAAUAACUAUGAGCCGGAAUUUUAACUUCACUCCGUUUUCAUACGGUUCAUCUAAUAAUAAGCAACCACAACAAAAAUCAAUAAAUUAUGGUGCAGUGCCACCGCCUGCUGCUUUACAAACAACAUCACGCAGCACUGGAUCUAAAGCAAAAAGUUCUUAUACAUCGAUGGAUGCGAUUUCACAAUAUGUAAUUCCACCGCAAAACUAUGGAAGUAAGAAGAGAUCGGCUUUACAGACUGAUGAUGAAUAUUUCGAUGAAGACGAUGCGACUGAAGAGAAUUUAGAGUAUAUUCCUGCUGAAGGGUCCCCUGCUACAAAACAACAGUCAGAUUCAGAUGAAGAAGAUCCUUUAGAUGCUUUUAUGGCGGGUUUAGAGAAAGCUGAAUCGAAGGAGAAACAAAUGAAAGAAUCUUUACCGACAUCAUCGACAUCGAUACCCUCAAAUAAAGGUGUUCGAGCUGAUAUUGAUGAUAUGGACGAUGAAGAAAGCUAUUACAAAUAUAUGGAAGAUAAUCCAAUGGCUGGUGUAACUGAAGAAAAUUCUGGAGAUGAAUUGGAAUAUGAUGAAGAUGGAAAUCCGAUUGCUCCUUCAAAGAAACGCUUCAUUGAUCCUCUACCGUCUAUUGAUCAUUCAGAAAUUGAGUAUCAACAUUUUGAGAAAAACUUUUACGUUAUUCAUGAAGAAAUUGCAAAAUUGACAAAGAAUCAGAAAGAUGAAUUGCGUCAUAAAUUGGGAAUUAAAGUCACUGGCGCUGCUGCACCAGCACCUGUCUGUAGUUUUGCACAUUUUGGUUUUGAUGACCAAUUAAUGAAAGCUAUAAGAAAAAGUGAAUAUGUUUCGCCGACACCUAUUCAAGCUCAGGCAAUUCCAACAGCAUUGAGUGGCAGAGAUCUUAUCGGUAUUGCAAAAACAGGAAGUGGAAAAACAGCUGCUUUUCUAUGGCCUCUUAUAGUUCACAUUCUCGAUCAACCACAACUCAAACCUGGUGAUGGCAUAAUUGGUUUAAUUUUGGCUCCCACUCGUGAGUUAUCCAUUCAAAUCUACAAUGAAGCAAAGAAGUUUGGAAAGGUUUAUAACAUUCAUGUGGUAUGUUGUUAUGGUGGUGGCAACAAAUAUGAACAAUGCAAAGCACUUGAACAAGGUGCAGAAAUUUGUGUUGCAACUCCUGGUCGAAUGAUUGACAUGAUUAAAAUGAAAGCUACAAAUCUUCUUCGAUGUUCUUAUCUCGUGCUCGACGAAGCUGACAAAAUGUUCAACAUGGGAUUCGAACCACAAGUCAGAUCAAUUUGUAAUCAUGUGAAUCCAUUACGUCAAACAUUGCUGUUCAGUGCAACAUUUAAGAAGCGAAUUGAAAAACUUGCUCGAGAUGUUCUCACUGACCCAGUACGAAUCGUUCAAGGAGAUAUUGGCGAAGCUAAUCAGGACAUUACCCAACAUGCCAUCGUCUUCUUAAAACCAGAACACAAAUGGAAUUGGCUUAUGACAAAACUUGUUGAACUUCUUUCAGAAGGUUCUGUUUUAAUCUUUGCCACAAAAAAAUUGGAAGCUGAAAAGCUGGCAGCAGAUAUUAAACUAAAAGAAUAUCCAUGUCUGUUGCUUCAUGGCGAUAUUGAACAAGCUGAGAGAAAUAAAGUAAUCACAGCUUUUAAGAAGAAAGAAUGCGACAUUUUAGUCGCUACUGAUGUUGCAAGUCGCGGUCUUGACAUCCCACAUAUUAAAAAUGUUAUAAAUUAUGAUAUGGCACGUGACAUCGAUACUCAUACUCAUAGGAUUGGAAGAACAGCUCGUGGCGGUGAAAAGGGAACUGCUUAUACAUUAGUUAGCGAUAAAGACAAAGAAAUGGUUGGACAUUUAGUAAGAAACCUUGAAAUGGCUAAUCAAUAUGUUCCAGAUGACUUAAUGGAGUUGGCUAUGCAAAGUUCCUGGUUUAGAAAGUCAAGAUUCAAAGGUGGGAAAGGAAAAAGUGUUGGUGGUGGAGCCGGACUUGGAUUCCGAGAACGCCCUAAUUUAGGUGGGUCUUCUUCCUUCCCAAAAUCUUUUGUACCUGCGAGUGAUUCAAAUAGAAGUUCGGGUACUCCAACAAAUCGUUUAGAAGCUCUCAAAAAUGCAUUUAAGUCACAGUACACAUCUCAAUUUAAGUCUGCAACUGACAAGACGUGGGAGCAAACAACGCCAGUUGAAGGAGUUUUUUCAAAACCUGCACCGCCCCCACCAUCAAAUAAAAAUGAGUCAACAUCAGAAGAUUCUUCAAAGAAGAAGAAGAGUCGUUGGAAUUAAAUUAUUGAAUUCACAAUUGUUUAAAACAUUAGGUAUAUUUGUUUAGCUCGUAAUUUCAAUGUUUAUAAAAAUUGACACUUGUGAAAUAAUAAAAAAAAAUUCUUACUGUAAACAACAAA